GUAGAAACUGAAAGCAAUCUUAAGCAUACCAGGUGCAGAGCACAAUACAGUAGCCAUGAAUGACAUUGCACAGAAAACUGAGACUCACUGAACAGGAACAAAAGCAGGAACAAAAACUAUUGGCUUAGGUGGAAAAUAUGAAACAUGGAAUGUUUUCAGCCAGUUUUCUCAGCAUUACUGUAUUGAGAGCAUUCCUGUAGUCACGACAGUAGAAAAAGAGAACACUUCACCGUAGUUCUGAAAAGGGGGAACCUCUCCUACUGUUUGGACACGCACAGAGUUAAGCAUUGGCAAAGAAGUGUCCAGUAGCUGUAUCGAUAUCAGAGUCCUGCGAGUCCAGUGAUCUUGACACUUUCUAACAUAAAAUCACCGGACUUCUGAGUUUCUCUCAGUAUUAAAAAAAUUCUGCUUUCUUCAUCUAAACCCGUCCAAAAAUCCUAUGUACCCAAGCUUCACAAGGGUGAUGUAAAGGAUAAAUUUGAAGCUAUGCAGAAAGCAAGGGAAGAAAGAAAUCAAAGGAGAUCUAGAGAUGAAAAGCAAAGAAGAAAAGAACAAUAUGUUAGAGAGAGAGAAUGGAACAGGAGAAAGCAGGAGAUGAAAGAACUGCUUGGAUCUGAUGAAGACGAUGAUGCAAAAUCAUCUAAAAUAGAAAAAGGUUAUGUUCCAAAGCUAAUAGGAACCGUUAAAGGCAAGUUUGCAGAAAUGGAGAAGCAAAGGCAAGAAGAAGAAAGAAAAAGAAUGGAAGAAGAAAGAAAGCGCAGAAUUGAACAAGAUAUGAUUGAGAAAAGAAAAAUUCAAAGAGAAUUAGCAAAAAAAGCACAGGAGAUUGAUGACUUUAACAAUACGGGAACUGAAUCAGCAGCAGAGGAAGGGGAUGAUUCACUGCUAGUUACAGUAGUGCCUGUAAAGCCCACCAAAACACCUGGGAAGAUGAAAAUAAAUUUUGAGAACACGGGAAAGGAGAGAGCAGAACAAAGAGAGAGACAGGAUGAAGAACUGAAGCUAAAAUAUGAGGAACAAAAACAAUUCCUUGAGGAAACCAAGGGCCUUUCAUUUGUCAUGGGUGAAAAUGAAGACAAUGAAACACAAGAGCCUCUGUCUCCUGGUAAGCUGAAAGUAACAUUUGAAGAACUUGAAAGACAAAGACAGGAAAAUCAAAGGCGGCAAGCAGAGGAAGAAGCAAGACAGCGUUUAGAAGAGGAAAAACGUGCCUUUGAAGAAGCUAGACAGCGAAUGAUAAAUGAAGGUGACGAUGAAGAAUCUGAGAAUUCUGUUAAAGAAUUCCGUCCUGGUAAACUCAGACUCAGUUUUGAGGAGAUAGAAAGACAGAGGAGAGAAGAGGAAAAGAGGAAAGCAGAAGAAGAUGCAAGACGACGCAUAGAAGAGGAGAAAAGAGCAUUUGCUGAAGCAAGGAAGAACAUGGUACCUUCAGGAUGUAUCGUUAAUGCUCUGAAUUUCCAGCAGGUGCUGGAUGAUGAAUCACCAGAAAUGUUUAAAACAGUUUCUCAAGAAUCUCUCAUACCCGGUAAACUGGAAAUUAAUUUUGAGGAGUUGCUGAGACAAAAAAUGGAAGAAGAAAAGAGACGCACAGAAGAAGAGCGUAGGCAAAAGUUGGAAAUGGAAAAGCAAGAAUUUCAACAGUUGAGACAAGAAAUGGGAGAGCUGGAAGAAGAGUUUGAAACUUUUGAGCUAAGCAAAGAAUAUGAAGAAUUAAUAAAGCUAAAAAGAAGUGGUUCUAUUCAGGCAAAGAACUUAAAAAGCAAGUUUGAAAAAAUAGGACAAUUGUCUCAAGAAGAAAUACAGAAGAAGAUUGAAGAAGAGCGAGCUAAGAGAAGGGCAAUGGAUGAAGAAAUAAGAGAAAGGGAAGCUGAAAAAUUUCAAGAGGAUGAUGAGGUAGAUGUGAGACCAGCCAAGAAAUCUGAGGCUCCGUUUACUCAUAAAGUAAACAUGAAGGCCCGUUUUGAGCAAAUGGCAAGAGCCAGGGAAGAAGAGGAGCAGAGGAGAAUUGAAGAACAGAAAUUACUACGCAUGCAGUUUGAACAAAAAGAAAUUGAUGCGGCGUUACAGAAGAAAAGGGAGGAGGAAGAAGAAGAAGAGGGAAGCAUUAUUAAUGGUUCUACUUGCGAAGAUGAGGAGGAUCAAGCUCGAUCUGGAGCUCCCUGGUUCAAGAAGUCACUGAAAAACACAUCAGUUGUUGAUGGCGAGCCAGUGAGAUUUACAGUUAAAAUUACUGGAGAACCAAAGCCUGAAGUUACAUGGUGGUUUGAGGGGGAAAUGUUGCAGGACUCUGAGGACUAUCAAUAUAUUGAAAGAGGAGAAACCUAUUGCCUUUACUUGCCAGAAACCUUCCCAGAAGAUGAAGGGGAAUAUAUGUGUAAAGCAGUCAACAACAGAGGCACAUCUGCUAGCACCUGUAUUCUCACCAUUGAAACUGAUGACUACUAAUGCUCUACUUUAGCUGGAAUCCUUCUUCCUCUCAAAACUUUCUUAUUGCAUCAUCUCUUUCUCUGAUGGGGCCAACUAAAGAAAGCAAUGAUAUGCAGAUUUGUCAUUCCUGCAUCAGAUAAGAAUAACCUUCAAAUUGGGAGAGUGUCCAGGUUCCUUGCUCAAUACAAAGAUUAGUAUUAAAGGCUAAAAAGAAGGAAUCAAUGUAUGAAAGAUCAACUAAAGGAAAAAGCUGAAUUAUAAUAGUGCUCCCACAUUUGAAGACCAACUGUUGCGUAAUAGUAUAAAGCUAAAUACACAAUCUGGAAACUUGUGUAGUAGUGUAAAUCUAUUGGUAUAUUUUGCAUGAACACUGAGUAUUUAAGCUGUUUUACUUUAUCCCAGAGGCAUUGAACUGGCAAAAGGAAAUACUUAUUGAUGAUUUUCAAAAACCCCAGUGUACUAUUUUUAAAGAAUAAAAGAUUACAUAACUGCUCA